AUGGCCGACGAUAUCUUAGCACUCGUUGAAAGCACUGUGGCCGAGUUUCGACAGCAGCUCAACGAUGUAGUGGAAGCCCAGAACUCUCGCCUCGACGAGCUUCGGCGUCAGAUCACUCUGGGGGUCACCAGCCAUCAGCCGCCCAUCUUGCCCGAUGAAAUCAUGUUGGAGAUAUUGUCGUAUAUCGACCAGACGGACUGCGCUCGCUUUUGCCAGGUGCUGAAGCGAGCCAAUCGUUUAGGACGAGCAAAAUUGUUGCGCCAUUUAGUGGUGGAUCUGCUGGCGCCACUGAUCCUUAGUCCUCGCUACGGAAGCACUCCUUUUUACCAGAAUUAUACGGUGGUGCGGUUCCAACGGUUCUUGGAAUUGACAUUACGUCCCAACAGCUACUUACAGCCACUGCUUGUGAAGCUGGUGGUGUUCAAUCGAGUGGGACUCCCGCAGAAGUUUUACCGCAUGUUCAAUGAGAAGUUCACCACUACCGAAGUCAUCGUGCAACAAGACGACCCGCUCGUGGCACAGAUACCACAUGCUGACGCCUACCCAACUCGCCUUCAAGUGUACCCUGACCAAUGGCCCCUGGUGGACCAAUUCGGCCACUGCUUACAGUACCUCCAAAUCAACUGCUUUGGCGUCGAUAUCCCCGAGAUAUUGGCUCGACUCGCUCACUUUGACCACUUACACACUCUCUCAUUGUACCGGGUGAACUCGCUGGAGACGCUGGUGGCGCCGGGAGCCACGCUUCGUCUCCGCCUGCUUUCGGUGGACGGCGUGAUCAAUGCUAUUCCGUUGGAGGCGAUCGACUGGCUGAAUUUACGCCACCUUCACUUCGACUACACCGGCGACGACUACGCCAACGCCCUUGCCCGCAAAUUGGCUCGUCUCCAAACACUCCUGCUUCAAGAUAAGACGGUGAGAGCGUUUCUGGACGAUCCGAACGUGAUUGAUGGCGACGAAGAACGGCUUACGGAAAUGAGAAAGGAGUUCUACUACGGGCUUAAGUGUGGCCGUCUGCUUAACAUGCUCCGAGUCCAUUUCAGACUGAAGCCCUACGACUUGACGCGAGUGUACGAUUUGCUCGUCAAGUUUGACGACUGCCUCCAAGUACUUGAUAUAGACUUUGGACGGUACCUCAAUCCGCGUAUCUGGGUCGAUUUGACGGCGUUGCCGAGCAAAAUACACCGCGGGGUGUCCGAGAGUGACCGCGACCAGAUCGACGACUUCCACGCCAUGUGCUCCUCCGAGGGCGCGUUCCCGCGACUCCGUUACCUCAUGGUGUACGGCCACAGUUACUACCAGCUUACAAAGACGUUUGGUUACUACAUUAGCAGCAAAGCAAUCCCCUAA